GAAGGGACUUUGCUGUGAGGGCGGGGUACUCUCAGUCGCAGUCUUGAGUCGGACUCCCAAAAGCCAGGAAGUAACUUCAUACUUUGUAGACGGUCGGUAAGCGAAGUACCAGGGCAGCUUGAUGGAACAGAAGCGCCGGGAGCCGCCGCGGGUUUGAAGGAAACUUUGCUGAGGAUUUCAGAUUGGGGGAAGGAAACAUUCAGGCAUAUUUAGACUGAUCGUAGGAAAGCUGAGCACUUGUUCACGGUUUGACGGCAUUUAACGAGGUGGAAAAUGCCCCGGGUGGUGCCGGAUCAGAGGAGCAAAUUUGAAAACGAGGAGUUUUUCCGGAGACUGAGCCGGGAGUGCGAGAUCAGAUACACGGGUUUUCGAGACAGACCGCAUGAGGAGAGACAAGCGCGGUUCCAGCACGCCUGCAGGGAUGGUCGCUCAGAAAUCGCUUUUGUGGCAACUGGAACCAACCUCUCACUGCAGCUCUUCCCAGCUAACGUGCACGGGGACCAGAGACAGGCACCAACGAGGGAGUAUGUCGACUUCGACCGAGAGACGGGGAAGGUGUAUCUCAAAGCUCCUAUGAUCCUGAAUGGAGUUUGUGUGAUCUGGAGAGGCUGGAUUGACCUGCAGCGUCUGGAUGGAAUGGGCUGCCUUGAGUAUGACGACGAGAAGGCACAGCAGGAGGACUCAAUUGCCCGGCAGGCUUUCGAAGAGGCACGGAGGAGAGCCCGGGAAUUUGAAGACAGGAAUCGCUCUCACUGUGAGGACAUGGAGAGACAGCAGGACUCCAGUCCGGGGUCUACCAUGGGAAAUUCGGACGACCGCAAGAUACGCUAAUUUAUCAGCCUGGAUUCAAGGUGGCGGGGUGAGGUGAAGGCCCUGCCUCGGAGCUGUUCUUCACUCAUGUGGAUCGAGGAGAAACCAAAGUUCAAAAGCUGGAGGGGGAGUUAUCUAAAUUUUCCACUAACCCAAGGCAGUGUGUGGAAGGAGAAGAAGCGGGCUGAGAUACAGAAAGAACACAUUAAGGCUCUUUGUACAGUGGAAUAUGUAUGCAGCCUCACGUCAGCAGACGGCUUUUCAGUUCUUCCUGCGCGUGUUUGUGUCUCAAUGAAAGCUUUGUUUCAAUUUAUGAAAGAGGCAUUCCUGUUCUUUUAUUCAUACUUGACUUGAAAAUCCUGGAUGUUUACUUUUUGUAUUUUUUGUAAAGAUAUUCAGAGUGAGACUUGUAUUAUACUGGUGACCAGUUGGAAGAAGAAGUCCAUUUUGUACCUCAAAUUAAGGACAAGCUGUCCAGAUCCUGUUCACCCUUAUCUGGUUGUGGUUAUGUCAUGUUAUUGAUCUGUCUGGUUCUCUGGGCAGCUGGAGAACCGUUGGCCGUCUGUUACAUAUUUUAAACAGUAGAUGGCAGCAUUGAGGCUUCAGUUUGAUUUGCUAUUAGUCUUAUCUGGUUUAGUUGCAUUCUGAUUUGCAGCUAUAUAUUGAAUAAGGGUACAGCAUAAGUUAAAGUACCUUAGGUAUAUACUAUAAGUGUGUAUAUAUACAUUUAUAAAUUUUAUAUGUAUGUACCGUUUUGAAAAGUACACCAUUUUCCUUUGGGAAUGAAUCAUGUUUUUUGCUUGUAAAUAAAGGACAGGUCAGUGGUGUGAUAAUCAGUGUUACAGCAGGGAAUUCUGGGUAUGGGAAAUGGAGAUGGUACCGUGGUGGGUCCAGCCGUGGGAACAAGUGCAUUGUAGCAAGAAUGGAAAAAUCCUUGCCCACUUGUAUUCAGUUGCUGACAGCUGCUGACCUGAAACAAGGAGUAUCGUUUUUUUUUUUCUUUUUCUCCUUGACACUCUUGUUUGGAAGUCACAGUGUACACAACACCCCAGACCUAUGGAUUUGAAUCAUUACCAUUGCUGCAGUCCCUUAAGUCACACAGUUAGUAUUGUAGCUUAUUAUAUUAAGAAAUGUAUUGCUUUGAUGUGUCAGUCUGUCUUUUAGAAGCUGAUGGUGGCAGUGAAUUAGGAGACGUUACAUAACCGUGACAUCCAUGAUGUGACUCAGCAUCCUAUAUUCUGUACACUCAUGUCUCAUUUAUAUUCUCAGCCCCUAAGAAAGUACAGUGCUUACAAAAUCAGCUAAAACGUCACUGCCGGAGAUUGACCUGGGCUUCCAGCAAUAUUGCUGAAGCCGCUUCUUGUGGCUUGUACCUGCCGAUUAAGACCCAUGACAUUCUUCUGUGUUCACUUUGACUUACUGCCACAUCUCCAUAACACAAAAACUUAAUAAAAUCUUUAAAAAGAUGAA